GCAUUCCUGAAUGUUUUGAUUUGCGCUUGUUUGCGCUCCGCCCUCGCGCACCCCGCCCAUAAUGGCUGUCAAUCGCCAGCAGGCGCGAUUAAUAUAUUUCUUCAUAUAAAUCUUAUUCUUGUGUAACGUACGAUAUAAAAAUAAAAAAUAGUAUUUUUGUAUUACGUCGGCACUACGUACUUAAACUCUGUUGCUUCGUUUGUCUAAAUAUGUGAUAACAUAGCAAUUUUUGACGAUUUAUGGUGAUAACAGUGUGUUUAUUUUCACAAAAAAUUAAAUUAAAUAGUCAAGAAGACACAAAUUUAAAUAGCUGUUUAUGUUUCCCUAAUUUAGAGAAGCUCGGGUAAGUUCUUUUUUACAAAUAAAAAUACCUUAGCUAUGUAUUGUCACGAAAGAGUAAUAAAUUCACUGAAAACUUUUUAUUCUUAGGGCAAUGGUUAUGUACCCAAAAUCUAAUAUAAACUAAUCGAGUUUGGCCAAAGGUGACUAUAGAGCUACCUAGGAGCAAACUGCUUAAAGUGAUGGCACUCAAUGGAUUUGCGUUAAAUUAGUAAGGUGUCGCCUCAGGCAGGUUCACGACAGCAAAUAAGCCAGAUAAGCUCAGAUGCAUUUCUGGAUAGAUAAACGAAGCCAGUGUGCAUACAGUGGCCGCCACCGCGUGCCCUCCUCUUUAUCUGCUGGGCGAUCGCGCGGGCGCGUGUGCGUGGGCGCGGUGGGCGGGCGCAAGGGCAUGGCAGCGCCGGUGCAUCGGUUCGCGGCCGUCGACUGCCCGCCGCGCCGCCCGCAUCGCUCGCAUCGACACUAUGGGCCCCCACCAAUGCCGUCUGUGCACUCCAGCCGGCGCCAGAACGAAGACACCAGCUUGUAUGUGGAGGUGCCCCCGGAGCCCCCGCAGCCGACUAUCGCGAGCCUCGCGGCCGCUCGGAGCGUCACACCCGAUACGCUAUUGCGAACCGCAGCCCUAGGGCUCCACCACUCUCCGAUGAUGGCGCCACACCUCAAGUUCGGCAUGCUCGUGUCGUUCGCACUGGCCACUGUGUUCUUGGCCGGCGCCAAGUAUUAUUUCGACAGACAGGUGGUCCGCGACAACUCCCAAAGCGGCGAAGCGGGUGUCGUGUGCGCCGCCGUGGCGUGCGUGUGCGGGGUGGGGUGUGCGCUGUCACUGUGCCGCAGCAAGCCCGCCUCCCCCGCGCCGCUCCCCCCCGACAGGGUGUCCUCCACCGCGCAGAGGGAGCACCGGCCGCCACCGUCGUCGUCGCCGUCGGACGAGGUGUCGCCGCCGGCGCCGCAGUCGGAGGCGCCGCCGCCCUACAACAUCGCGGUGCUGAUGCCCGCGCGCGGCUCCCCGCCGCCGCCCGCCUACAGCGCGCUCAGCUAGCUGCCGCCCGCCCAGCCGGAGUUCAUCAUAUAGGCGGCAGGUCACUGCAGCGAUUACUGGCAUUCAAUUUAGCGUAUUUAAAAAAAAAGAAUUCUUUUUUU